AGACCAAGCCGCGUGCGCGGAUUGGCGUCGGCGGCUGGUGGCCGCUGAGGUGAGGGCCAGGUCUGGGAGGUGUCCUCGCCGGGGCGGCUCUACACGCGCCAGAGGCCUGGAACCUCCGUGCGCCUGGGCGCGACCUCAGGGCCACCCGCGUCCCCACCGUGACCCCGGCCCAACCGCUCUUUGCAUCUCGUCACUCCCACAGCUCGUCCCGGCUGCAUCCAAGGGCCCGAACGCGACCUUGGACCACUCUACUAUCUCGGGCCACCCUCUGCCUCGGCCACCGGUGCACGGCACGCCCGGAGACUAGGGACUCCGGGGCGGGCGAAGGGGUGGGUGUGGGCGGCGGGGUCCGACAGCUGGACCAGAGCCGCACGUAAACUCCGCCCUUGUCUCCUGAGGCCGCGCCACACAGCGGUGGCUGCAAACUUUAACUUCCUUGUAAGUUGCAGAGCCCUGGAGCACUUGGAGCUUUGGCCCCUGCCGCGCUGGAUGCCAUGAGUUGCUAAAGUGAGCCGGCUUUAGAGCUGCCUUGGGGUGUGGCGUGGGGGGCACAGAGCCAUGUCGGACCUGCUCCUCCUGGGCCUGAUUGGGGGCCUGACUCUGCUGCUGCUGCUGACGCUGCUGGCCUUUGCUGCGUACUCAGGGCUGCUGGCUGGGGUGACAGUGAGUGCUGGCUCACCCCCCAUCCGCAACGUCACCGUGGCCUACAAGUUCCACGUGGGCCCCUACGGUGAGACUGGGCCGCUUUUCACGGAGAGCUGCAGUGUCUCCCCCAAGCUCCGCUCCAUUGCUGUCUACUAUGACAACCCCCACACGGUGCCCCCUGAAAAGUGCCGCUGUGCAGUGGGCAGCAUUCUGAGUGAAGGUGAGGAGUCACCCUCCUCUGAGCUCAUCCGACUCUAUCAGAAAUUUGGCUUCAAGGUGUUCUCCUUCCCGGGGCCCAGCCAUGUGGUGACGGCCACCUUCCCCUACACCACCCCCCUGUCCAUCUGGCUGGCUUCCCGCCGGGUCCAUCCUGCCCUGGAUGCCUACAUCAAGGAGCGGAAGUUGUGUGCCCACCCGCGGCUGGAGAUCUACCAGCAAGACCAGAUCUAUUUCAUGUGCCCCCUGGCACGGCAGGGAGACUUCUAUGUGCCUGAGGUGAAGGAGACAGAGCGGAAGAGCCGGGGGCCUGCAGAGGCCAGCGACGCCCCGGUGGAUGGCACAGGUGCUGACACGAUGAGCGACACGAGUUCUGUAAGCCUGGAGCUGGGUCCUGGCAGCCGGGAAACUUCAGCGGCCACACUGUCCCCCGGGGUGAGCAGCCGCGGCUGGGACGAUGGCGACACCCGCAGCGAGCACAGCUACAGCGAGUCGGGUGCCAGCGGCUCAUCUUUCGAGGAGCUUGACCUGGAGGGCGAGGGAGCCCUGGGGGAGCCAAGGCUCAGCCCUGAGACUGAGCCCCUGGGGGCUCCCAAGUGGCCCCGGGAGCCCAGUACCCCAGAGAAGGGCGAGGAGUAACCGCGGCCUGCACCUCCCUAUGGCACCGCUGCCAAGGAACUGAGCGUCUCUGCAGUCCUCCUCUUCCUCCACCUCCCGGUCUCCGGCCGGGGCCAGGGCUCUUGUGCAGCCCUGACUUCUUCUGCCCCGGUCCUCCGGCCAAGCCUUCUCCUCACUGUCCUCUCGGCCCCCAGAGCCAGAGGACCCAGGACUGUUAUCUGCACCCAGCCCCUGGGGCUGCCACCCCUGUUACAUCUUUUUCAGAUUCACGUUGAGCUUCCAGGACCCAGAAUAAAAACAAAUGAUUUUCUUGGUUUCA